CCUAUCUUCCGAAAACCUCCCGAACCCCUCUCAUAACUUCUCAUCUCUCGCCUUCUCCAUCCAACUCCUCUUCUCACGACCUCUCCGUCCAACUCCUCUCCGACAAACCCCUCUCCGACGAACCCCUCUUCGCGAACCUCUCCUCUAAACUCCUCUCCGUCAAGACUGCGGGCAAAAUUCCCUCACCUUAUUCCUUCACCUCUUCGUCAAAUAGCAAAUUCCCUAAUCGUCCCAUUUUCUUUCUUAUACCUAGACACAUUAAAACCGCGACAGGGUGACGGCAGCAACAGCCAAUAGCCAUGUCUAGGGUUUUAGGAACUUGCAGGGUGCUCAUGGCGGCGGCUAAGGACGGGUCCAAGGAAGCAUCAACGAAGGCGGUGGCCAAGGGGGCGGCGAAGCCCAAGGGGGCCUUUCAUCGGAAGCUGCCUAUGUCUCCAGCGAUGAGCAAAUUCCUCGGCGUCCCAGAAAUCACACGGGUGGAUGCCGUCAAAAAGAUCUGGGAGCACAUCAAAGCAAACCAGCUCCAGAUACAUAGUGGUAGGUGUUUUGUCCCAGUCUCAAGCCGAUAAUCCUUUUUUAUCAGUAUAUCUAGUAGAAGGAAGCAUGCAAAUCGUUGUCUUCGAGGUCGGUUAGCUAUUUUGUGCUUUUUUUUUGUUUUAAAUUCGAAUGUCACUAUCUACUUUGAAACAAAACUAUUUAGUCUUUGUGUAUAGUUGAAUUCUCCUGUAAAUACUAAUACUUUGUAAUUGAAUUCUAUUGUU